AUGCCUCGCGCUCCCCUUCGCCGCCGUCAGCUCAACCGAAAUGGCCCGAUUCCACGAGGGCCGAAAAAGAUCAACAGCAGCCCGGCUAAACUGGAACUAGAGAAGAAGUUGGCGCACAAACCGAUCGGCUCUAGACCGAACGACAGCGACGACAGCGAUAGGCUCGUUGUCAAAGGCAAUGGGAGGAGAGGGAGAAAUGUCCCGAGGCAGGAGAUUUACGCUUCUGGCGCUGUGGCUGCUGGCGACAAACCGGGCAACUAUCCCACCAGAGCGCAAAGAAGGAAAAACAUGGCAAAGGCGACGAAGGAGAUACUUGGGAGUGAUCAACAGGAGGCGCGAAAAGAGGAGGGAUCGAUGCCGGUCAACAAGCAACUGCACCAGCUCAAGCCGAGAUCUCCCACCACGAAUGGAAUCUUCCAAAACGUGCCGGGCACGAAGCAGGUGUUUGCGACAUCUGCCAUAGCCAGGUCUCCAGCCGUGAAACCUCCUGUCUCUGUUCUACGGUCGACACAGCCAAUGCCAGCAAGAGAAAAUUCGAUUCUCGGCACUCUGAAGCCUAGACGAAGGCAGCCUAGUAUUCUGCAAAACCUAGAUCAGGAUUCGUCCAGUUUUGACCUCGAGGAGGAGGAAGAAUUCUUACCAGAUGACGAAUCCACACCUUUCAAUCUCUCCAACCCGUUGAGCAAGAAUACAGCACUGGCUACAACGUCACCCACGCUCAUGUCUUCACGCAAACGAAAAUUUGGCUCCUCCGACCCUCUCAAGCCGGCUGAGAUUGAAUCCGUUCAAAGACCUGCAAAGUCCCCCUCGAAAAGUAUGCAUACAUCGAAAGCCACCCCUGAGCCUUCUCCACCACUGGUGCCGUUAUCUACGCUACGGCAGUCGGGACGACGACACCGCGAAAGUACCCGUGAUGAAGACGAUAUCAUGGCUCUCCCAGAGAGCAGUUCCUCGCCAGGACUAUCUCCUGUAGAGGCAAAACCUCCGCCAUCCAUAAAAUCGACAAAGCAUCCUACGAAGCCACCACCUGUCAUGACCACGAAGGAGCUCCAAACUCUCAUGAUGCCAACCAAAAGGCGAAGGACAGAGCGGGAGCGAAAGCGAACCCGCGAAAACUUCAAUAUUCCGGCCGAUAUCGACCUUUCAAACCCCGAAGUCUCCGAGCAAGAUGUAUCGGAUUUCCUUCCUUCAAAGAAGGGGAAGAAAACAACACGGAAAGGACCUUUGAUUAAGGCAGGCAGCAUGCGUACCAGAGCCAAAUCUGAGAAAGCGGAAAAGCAGGGCAAUAUUGCUGCAGCGUCAAAAUCAAGGUCAAAAUCAAGUACGAACCACCUCAUCACUAGCACCUCGCCCAUAUUGAGGCCCUCUACUUCGAACCGCGAAACUAAGUCUUCGUCACAGCUUCCUACAAAAAAAUCCCAAGCAAAAUCCCAGGCAGGACGCCCGAGGCAGUAUGGUGGCUCCCUCCACCAAGGCCGAGAUACGGCUCAUGGGCAAGACAAGGAAAAUCAUUACCCUCACCAAGACGAAGAACUUGACCAUUCUAGCCAUGAUGGAACUGGGGGCGUGAGCCUGCCAACCGACACGGGAGAAGAAUUCAUGGAAGUAGGCAGCAAAGUACAGAGCAAGCCAACCCCUGUUGGUAAGGAUAAGUGGGCAGAGAUAGAUGCUUGGGAUCUGGAUUUUGAGGACGUUGAAGUUAUGACUGGGUCAGGAAGUAGCUCACCCAUACUUAGGUGA